AUGUCGGAACAGAGGCCACGCAGACAGGAGGAGUCGUCCAACUCGGGCUUCAAGGGUGCCCUUCAGGGUCUUGGAAUCUUCUUGUUGGCCCAAUUUGCCAUCAACCAGUACAUGGGAAAUAAGGACAAGGCAGACUCCCCCGGCGUGAAUUCUGCUGGAAUCCCCGCUUUCGCCGAUCGCCCCGAUCCUAGCGAAGUCGCCGAACGCAGUGCUCUCCCCGAGGUCAUCGCCCCAAUCUGGCCCUCCGACAGCGCUAUCGAUCUUAACGUUUAUGUAUCUCCGUCUAUCAUUGUGCCCGACUUCAAGUCGCCGGACAGUGUUCUUGUGGUGGACGAGAAGAAUUUCACAAUUGGAAACUACAGUGACACUCGCGAAAUUGACACCACCAUCAAGGUCCCAAAGCAGGUCCAACAGAAUGGAACUCUCUGGGCUCACUUCUUUUUGGCUCGCACAGGAUACCAGUUAGACCCCACCGCUAAAGACUACAACACCGCUGAUGCAGUCCACUUCCUCCGACCUCUGAACCAGUACCUUCCCAAGAAGAAGGUCAAGAAGCUGAAGAAUCUCCUGUCGGACGCUGAGGAUGAACAUGACCAGGAGGAAGAUAACACCCCGGAUGUCACAACUAUGUCAUACUACCACCCCAACUUCACCCUGUCCCUGAUCCCAGACUCUGGAAUUCAGAAAUUGGCUCAGAUGAACCCCGCGGUCCGCCAGUAUGUGCAGCUGGAGCGGACUGGUGCCCGCGAUGCCAGUGGAAAGAAUGGAUGGUACUACCCGAUCGCUUUCGUCAACACUUUUUGGCAACUGAAGUCCCACAUGACUGAGUUGAACUCUACCGUCGAGACCGUGCCGUUGCAUAUUACUCUCAACAACAUGGCGAACUGGAAGUUCAACAUCCUUAGCAGCGUUGACGAAGGUUCCAAGCAAAGUGCGCGCCAGGCCGCUUAUGGCCAGCCUGUCCCCGGAGGUGGAGAUGGAACCGAGUGGGAGAUGGUGAAGGAGAUUCUCUUGGAUACUAACAUCUGGCUCCUCGGUACCACAGGUGUGGUCACUAUCUUGCAUAUGUUGUUUGAGACUUUGGCCUUCAAGAACGAUAUUGCCCACUGGCGUAAGAAGAAGGACGUUGUUGGUACUUCAGUUCGGACAAUCCUGGCAAACGUCUUCAUGCAGGCUGUUAUCUUCCUCUACCUCAUGGACAACAGCGACAACACCUCUUGGAUGAUCCUGGCCAGUCAAGGAUUCGGUAUCCUUCUCGAAUUCUGGAAGAUCACCAAGACUGUCGACGUUCGCUUGCGGCCGCCACCAGCCAGCUCUUGGUUGUUUUUCUUGCCCUAUGUGAUUGUCUUCGAGGACAAGCACAAGCUUAGCGAGACCGAGGAAAAGACCAAGGAGUAUGAUGAAAUUGCCUUCCGCUAUUUGUACAUCUUGGCUGUUCCCCUUCUGCUUGCAUACGCCGCGUACAGCCUGGUCUACAACACCCACAAGUCGUGGUACUCUUACAUUAUCCAGACCCUGGUGGGCAGUGUCUACGCGUACGGCUUCCUCAUGAUGGUCCCCAGUCUCUACAUCAACUACCGGUUGAAGUCCGUUGCCCACAUGCCUGGCAAGGCGUUGACCUACAAGUUCUUGAACACCUUCAUCGACGAUCUCUUCGCGUUCACCGUCAAGAUGCCCUGGCUCCACCGCCUGGCAACUCUUCGUGACGACGUCAUCUUCUUCGUGUGGCUCUACCAGGGCUGGAAGUACAAGGUUGAUUACACGCGCGUCAACGAGUUCGGUCAGGGAGGUGACAGUGAUGAGGAGGAGGAGCCUACUCCUGCUGUCGAGGGCGAGAAGAAGGACGUGGCUACCCAAUCCUCUUCCAAGGCUACUUCGAAGUCAUCUACUCGCAAGAGGAAAUGA